AAGGGGCUUACUUUGGUGGGGAAACAGAAAGUUAGCACUAGACUUAAAUAAGAUCAUUUCACUGGCGUUUAAGUGUUGGGAUGAAAAUAAGAGUAUAGCAGGGAAGAGGGGAGUUUUGUGGGUCUGGAGAGGUGCAUGGAGAAGGGGGCCUGAGGCGUGACCACCCCUUCCUCCCCUGGGGGACUGCCCACCCGCCCUCGCAAACACCCACGGUUCAGUGCCCACCAGGCCCCCACCUACCCCAGCAUCCCCUGCGCGGGGAAGCUGGGUGCCUCGGGGAGUCUGGCCACCAUGCCACCUCCUCUCCUCCUCUUCCUCCUCUUCCUUACCCCCUUGGGAGUCAGGCCCCAGAAAUCACAGCUGGUGGAUGCUAAAGAGGGAAGGAGUGCUGUGCUGCCGUGCCUCACGGUUUCCUCAGCCGGUCCUCCCAAUCAGCCGUCCUGGUAUCGGAAAUGCCAGGAAUCAUUUAUACAGCAGAGCAGAGGGCUGCCAGGCCUGGGUGUCCUGCUGCUCAUCUUCAACAUCUCUGACCAAAUGGGGGGCUUCUACCUGUGCCAACAGGGGAUGCCUUCCAAGUGGGACAGGCAGUCUGGCUGGACAGUCAGUGUGAAUGGCAGCGAGGAGCGGUUCUGGUGGAACGCUUCAAACAUAGAUGCCCCACACUGUGACCUGGGGAACAGGUCCUCAGAGGACCGCAGGCCCUCUUCUGAUCGCUUCACGAGCUCGCAGCUGUAUGUAUGGACUGAAGACCACCCUGAGAUUUGGGAGACAGACCCUAACUGUGGCCUACCUAAGGAGAGCCGAAAUCAGAGUAAGGAGCUAGGAGAAUACCUCAUCGUGAGACCUGGUGACACUCUUUGUCUGCCCUGUGGGGUGCCUUCUGCCUCCGUGGCCAGAGGACCCAUCUCCUGGAUCUACGUGCACCCCAAUAAGCCUAACAACUCAUUACUGACUGUAAACCUGAGCGAGGAUGCUUCAGUCAGAGAGACUCGGGUCUUGAACACCCUCAGGGGAGGGGCUGUUCUGUGGCUGCCCAGGGCCACAGCUAGAGAUGCUGGCAAAUAUGAUUGUAAGCUUGGCAAUACUACCAUUGAGAUGAAGCUGAAGGUCACUGCCCAGUCAGCAAUACGGCAUUGGCUGCUGGAGGCUGGCGGCUGGAGAGUCCCUACUACGACUUUACUUUAUCUGAUAUUCUGCAUGGGUUCCCUUGCGGUCUUUCUUUAUCUUCGAAGAGCCCUGGUCCUGAGGAGGAAAAGAAAGCGAAUGACAGAUCCCGCCAAAAGGUUCUUCAAAGUGACACCUCCCCCGGGAAGCGGGGCCCACAACCAAUACGGGAAUGUGCUCUCCCUUUCCACACCCACCGGUAGCACGGGACGCUCCCUGCAAUGGGCUGCAGGCCUGGAGGCCACAGUCCAGUCCUACGGAAACCCUUGCAGCGACGUCCAGGAGGCUGGUGCAGCGAGGACCCGGAGCCAGACAGAAGCUGGCCCAGAAGAAGAAGGGGAGGCCUAUGAGGAGCCGGACAGUGAGGAGGGCUCGGAGUUCUAUGAGAAUGACUCCAACCUUGGGCAGGAUCAGCUCUCCCAGGAUGGCAGUGGCUAUGAGAACCCUGACGAAGGCGGGGCCUUGGGUCCCGAGGAUGAAGACUCCUUCUCCAAUGCAUCUGAGUCCUAUGAGAAUGAAGAUGAGGAGCUGGCCCAGCCAGUCGCCAAGACAAAAGACUUUCUGAGCCCCCAUGGCACAGCCUGGGACCCCAGCCGGGAGGCAGCAUCCCUUGGGUCCCAGUCCUAUGAGGAUAUGAGAGGGAUCCUGUAUGCAGCCCCCCAGCUCCGCUCCGUUCGAGCCCAGCCUAGUCCCAGUCAUGAGGAAGAUGCAGACUCUUAUGAGAACAUGGAUAAUCCCGAUGGACCAGAACCAGCAUGGGGAGGAGGGGGCCACAUGGGGACCUGGAGCACUCGGUGAUUCCCUUCAGCCUGGCCCUCCUCAGGUUCCUGAGAUCCACUGAAAUCUGGUGACCCAAAGCAGAUGAGGCCAGCCUUGAGCGACGUUGCUCAGGAUGUGAGAAUCUGUUUGUGUUCGUGUACACAAGUGAGACUUCCAGUUCCCUUUGCACUGGCCAAAUAAACUCUGCGAGUUCUUGCAA